UUCCAGGCAGGCCGUGGUGAUUUUAUAACGCUGUCGCAUGAGCUCUCUGGUGUUGGAGUAGCUAGGUGAUGUGCGUUUGUGUAAUCUAAUUUCUCAGACUGUACAUUCAACAUGGGGACAGAGAAUGUGGGGAAUGAUGUCGUUUCGAGAGAGAACUUUCAGCCAUGUGCCGAAGACAUACAGAGAUGGAUGGCCAAUGCCUUUGACAUGGCAAAAGAUGCUUUGGAGAAUGGUGAGGUGCCUGUUGGAUGUCUCAUGGUCUACAACAAUGAAAUCCUUGGCAAGGGGAGAAAUGAAGUGAAUGAAACAAAAAAUGCCACUCGCCAUGCUGAGAUGGUGGCUCUGGACCAGGUGCUGGAGUGGUGUCGUCAUAGAGACCUGGACCCCAGGACAGUGUGUGAGAGGACUGUGCUCUACGUGACUGUGGAGCCAUGCAUCAUGUGCGCAGGAGCUCUUCGCCUGACCAACAUUCCUCUGGUGGUGUAUGGGUGCAAUAAUGACAGGUUUGGUGGCUGUGGAUCUGUUCUAGACAUCCCCUCUGCUGAUCUACCUCACACUGGCUCAUCAUUUAAGUGUAUCUCUGGCUUCAGAGGAGAGGAAGCAGUGGAGAUGCUGAAGACCUUUUAUAAACAGGAGAACCCUAAUGCUCCCAAGCCGAAGACGAGGAAGGAGUGAGAUUAUGUUGGUGUCCAGCAGGGGGCUCUAGACUUUAAGAAAUGAGAUGUGAUCUCACUCCAAGCACCAUGGGUCUGGGAUGAGCUUAAGGCAGGUGCCGGAGCACCCUCAGCAACGUCUAAAGGAGCGCUCUCUCUCUGGUGUCUCAGUCAUCAACUGCCGUCAUGGAUCUGAAAUCAGUGUUGCCCCCUGAGGCCAUUUCCCACUCCAAUGUAUCAUGUCUGUGAUAGUUUCUGGGUUUGUCUUGGAUUGUUAAGUGCUGGUGUCGUCAUGUACAAUAUGGUGGUGGCGUUCUCUACUUCUUUGAAAAUGUUGUUACUAAGUGCCAUGGCUGUUUUGUGAUUUAUUUAUUUCUGCUGAAGAACAAAUACGUAUUCACACUGUUAGUCUCAGCGGGAGAAGGAACACUGAAUAGUGAAACAGACUGGGAGCGCCCAUGCAGACAGUCCUGUCCUGUCUCUCCCACUGAACGACUAGGCCAGACAUCACUGCAGAGGGACCAUAUUCCAAUGAGAGGGACCCACUUAUUUCAGAUCAGAAAGAAGACAAGUUCCAUUCCAUCCAUUCCAUCCACUCCCGCUGUUUCUUUAAUAUUAGUCUCUGUAACCACCAACACUCACACGAGGACUGCAGUUUGGUGUGUGACAAACGGCAUGUGUUUGUAGGACAGACCACAUCUGUGUGGGAUCAGAGUCAGUCUGAAACUCCUCCCCAUCCCAUCACUUGCAGUAGGCAGGCUGCAUCCCUCAGCCUUAAACCCUUAGUGGUCCCUUCCCUGGACAGGAUCAGGAACAGAGGAACGAACAGCUCAGUCCAGGCAGCAUCAGACAGUACAGGUUGUACCAGCUCCUAAUGAAUGCUCCACACUCUGACCUACUUUAACUUUCACUAUUGUUUUUUACUGUCUUUUGUAAAUCUAUUAAAAUCUGUUUUAAAUCA